AUGAAGAAAGAGGCAGAUAGCAGAUCGGUAACGUGCCGUUAUCGACCACCAAUUCCAUUUCCGCAAAGGUUGGCGAACAUGGUCGAACUGGAGCAGCGAGGGGAGAUGCCUAAAUUAACCUGUCAGUUAAAAAAACUUAUUAAGCACAAAAUAGAGAUUCGUGAGGGAUCUCACGGCCACCUGAAUGUGGAAUGCUUAGCAGUUCUAGAAAAGGGGUGCCCCAAAAAGAAGGGUGACCCCGGUGCAUUCGUAGUGCCUUGCACUGUGAAAGAUCUUAUCUUCGAGAAUGCACUUGCUGACCUAGGUGCUUCUGUUAGUGUAAUGCCUUCCUAUGUGUUUGAUAAGCUGAUUAUAUCUGCACUGACUCCGACCCACAUUACCGUCCGACUUGCCGAUGGAUCCGUUCGGUAUCUAAAAGGUAUUGCGGAGGAUGUGCUGGUAAGGAUUAAGAAUUUUGUGAUUCAUGUAGAUUUUGUAGUACUAGACGUAGGCAAAGACAGUGAGGAUGUCACUACAAGAAUUUUAACAUUUAGCGACGUUUUUUAA